AUUCAUUUCACGAAAUAUAUUCAAGAGUAUCUUCCUUAGACAGGAUCAACAUUAGUAGGGGCCUACAUGUUUUGCCGCCUCACCUGGACAUAACGGAUCUUUCGGCCACACUUAGACUCGGCUCGCCUACGCUAAAGUCAAUGUGAAUAUUUUUGAUAUCAAACUGAUCUCCCUUCAAUAUUUAAUAUUCAGUUACCGAGCCUCAUGUCUCCCUCAAUUUGAAAAAAAAGUCAGAAAAGUCUCUCACCAUGGGUUCAGCAAAGAUUCUCGUGGUCGGCAGCGUCGGUGGACAGCUGAAAAAGGCGUUCGAAAAGAUCUCGAAGCUGCAAACCAAGCAGAAUUUCAAUCUCGCAAUAAUCGUCGGUGAUGUGUUUUCGGGCAGCGAUGGCGAAGCUGUUGUCGACGAUUUGCAAGCAUUAUUCUCUGGUCAAAUCAAUGUGCCUUUACCAACAUAUUUCACCGUGGGCGAUUCGGCUUUUCCAGAGGCAGUCAAAGAAAAGCUAGAAGCCGACGAGGAUCUGUGCUCAAAUCUGUUUUACCUUGGGCGCAAAGGCACCAUGACGACGGCUGAAGGAAUCAAGAUUGUCGCCUUAGGAGGCCGACUCGUGCACAAUGAUUCAGCAGCUAACCAGAAGCUCGGAAAGUGUGAUGCACUGUAUCUCGAUACCGAUGCACGAGGCCUUCAUGGUGCGCAUUCAGCUCACAUUCUGGUCACGAAUCAAUGGCCGGCCACCAUUACGAACGGUUCGAGAAUUGAAUGCCCUGCAAUGCUUGACAGAGAGUCAGGCUCAAGAUCGAUCUCAAAUCUCUGUCAAUCCCUGAAGCCAUGGUAUCACUUCUCGAGCAGUCCAGAGGCCGUCUACGAGCGAGAACCCUUCAAACACAUAAUAGACUACAGCUCUUUCGAGGAUGCACCAGUCACGAGAUUCAAGAGCCUUCCCAGCGUGUCUGCGCCAACCAAAGAAUGGAUGACGGCGUUCUCGCUAGACACUUCGCGCCCACCACCAACAGUGGAACCUCCCCUCGAGUCGCCCUUCAUGCGGGCAUCACCCCCAAGAAAACGCCAGAAUAUGGACGACUCCGAGUCAUACAAUCGAUACUCUGCAGACGGAUACGACGGUCGACGAUCGAAACGUUCUCGCCGAGAUCGAGCAAAGGACCCAAACGAUUGUUUCAUGUGUCUCAACAAGACCGGCGCAAAGACUCAUCUGGUAGUCUCCUUGGCUGAUGAGAGCAUGGUAACGGCCUCACGGGGACCUCUUCCUUUGCCAUCGACAUUCCCACAACUCUCAUUCUCUGGCCAUGUCAUGAUCGUUCCGUAUUACCACGCCGCCGAUGAAAUGGCACAGGGCAAAAGGGCACCAGAAGAGUUGUCAGGCGAGUUUGCCGAGAUGAACAAAUUCCGGAAAGCUCUGUCGGAGAUGAUUGGAUCGAAGAGUCAGGGACAACUUGGUGCCGUCUGUUGGGAAGUCAACCGUACCGGAAUCCGUCACCACCACUGGCAACUCCUGGCUUGCCAGGCCGAGCCGAUCAAGAAAGGCUUGGUGGACGCGGCGUUCAAAGUCUCGGCUGAAAAGCACGAAUAUCCUACAUUCCAAACGUGUGAGCCCGACAGUCAGCUUCCGGUUCGAGCUGAUUAUUUCCGGGUCUGGACUUGGGUGACUGACCCAGUAGAGAUGGCUGAUCACACCAAUGGCAACAGCGACAAAGUGGUCGGUGUCUCCAAGUCGAUGUAUUUCUCUCUACCAUCCGACCAGAAGUUUAACAUCUGGUUUGGCAGGGAGGUGAUGGCUGGACUCUUGAAACUCGAGAAUAGGGUGAACUGGAUGGAUGCCCUGCUACGGAAGGAUGGCAGUGAGCAAGCAGCAGAAGAGGAUGAUGCGCAAGGUUUGCGAGAAGACUUUGAGGAAUUCGACUUUGCUAUGAAGUAAUAUCCUUCGAGGGUGUGAUGUUGUAUGUAGCUGGUGGCUCCUCAGGGUCAGCGGACGGCGAGAUGCCUUGAAAAAAGUCUGCAGGGCAGAGCAUUAUGCAUAACGUGGCUGCAAGUGCCAACGAGAUAGCUACAUACAUUGCGAAUAAUGACAGACACCCUUGGUAAAGAA